UGGGGAGUUUCCAGUCAAAAAGAUUCAGCUCGCCUAACAGAAUACAGUGUCCUUCACUGAGGGACGCUCAGGGAUUAUUACGGGGAAUGGAGAUUGUAAUACUUGUUUCAUUAUUGUCUCUGUAUUGUGACGUCACCGAUGCUGAGUGCCUGGUGAUCAGUCCUGCCAGGCUGGUGGUGAAGUAUGGAGACCCAGCCUCCUCUAACUGCAGCUCAGAUACCCCUGUAGAGAUGGGCUGGGAAGCCACCCAGGGAGGAGUUGGUCUAACAGACAACAAGGUGAAGAUCCUAAACUGGAAGGCGGACCGUGUGACUGACUGGAAGAUCAAACCUUCAUGCUUCACAGAAGGAGGCCAGUGUCAGAAACAGCUGGACAUCACAGUUUAUAAGCUUCCAGACAGAGUCUCCAUCAGCUACAGGAAGUCCCCUGAUCCGAUGGUUGAGGGGCAUCAGUACCUGCUGCAGUGUCUUGUCCAGAACAUCGCUCCUAUUGGGAGACUCAGGGUGACCUUCUACAAAGUCAGUGCCACUGGUGAACAGACAGAAUUAGACACACAACAUAAAUCCAAGGACAACAUCAAGACACCAGAGAAUGGGACCUACACCCUGGACUUCACCCCUGGUAGAGAUGAUGACGGGGCCCAGUUGUUGUGUUCAGCCAUGUUGGAUCUGGGACCAGAGGGACCCCAACCUCCUCCUGUAAUGGACUCAAACCGCCUCAACAUCAACGUGCACUACAAGCCUCAGAUCACUAGUCCUGGAUGUUUCUCCAUGAGCAUCACGGAGGGCGACACCCUAUCACUUAACUGUAGUGCAAAUGGUAACCCUGCCCCCUCGUACAAUUGGUUGCUCUCCCAUGCCGACCCCAACACCAUGGAAGAGAGAUCCGUAGUGACCAUCACCAACAUAGCCAAGUCUCACUCUGGAGAUUACACCUGCAUCGCCAGAAACCUCCUGGGAAACAGCACCUGUACUGUUAACGUGGAGGUCACAGGGCCUGAUUGGUGGAGUGCUGCAGAGAUGGUUGUCCUUCUGGAAGGUUCUCCCACAUCUCCACAGAGGAAUUCUUGGGCUUUUUCAGAGUGACCAUCGGGUUCUUGGUUACCUCCCCAACCAAGGCCCUUCUCCCCUGAUUGCUCAGUUUGGCCGGGCUACCAGCUCUUGGAAGAGUCUUGGUGGUUCCAAAUUCUUCCAUUUAGGAAUGAUGGAGGUCACUGUGUUCUUGGGGACCUUCAAUGCUACAGAUAUUCUUUGGUACCCUUCCCCAGAUCUGUGCCUCAACGCAAUCCUGUCUCGGCGCUCAAUGGACAAUUCCUUCGACCUCGUGGCUUGGUUUUUGCUCUGACAUUCACUGUCAACUGUGGAACCUUAUAUAGACAGGUGUGUGCCUUUCCAAAUCAUGUCCAAUCAAUUGAAUUUACCACAGGAGGACUCCAAUCAGUUGUAGAAACGUCUCAAGGAUGAUCAAUGGAAACAGGAUGCACCUGAGUUCAAUUUCGAGUCUCAUAGCAAAGUGUCCAAAUACUUAUGUAAAUAAGGUAUCUGUUUUUCAUUUUUAAUAAGUAUUAAAAAAAAUAUUUAAACUGUU